GGCAAGGCUCUGAAGCAUUGAGCAACAGGAGCCGCGCAUGAAAGCAAUACCUUUCACAGCGUUUUUUAAUACACACAUGUUGUGUAUCUAGAACAUCCCCACCUGCCGCCACCACCAACCGAACUCACAAUGCCCUCCAUCCGUCUUUCCCUCUUUAUCCUGGGUUUGGUUGUGGCUUGUGUCUCAGGUGAAAAAUCAAAUACCACUUCAAACCCCACAAAUUCAAACUCCAAAAUUUCAAACUCCGAAACUUCAAACUCCGAAACUUCAAAUGUAAAUGGCUCCACUACCGCCACUCAAACAUCCCUCAACGCCAUCACCACCACCGGAACCACCACCAAUGCCACCGAUGCCUCAAGCUACACACCGAGCAGCAGCGCCAUCUCGCCCUCGACAGCAACGCAGACCGGAUUCUCCAGUUCAAGUGGGGGAAGUGUCAAAACAACAAGCGCACCUAGAACCACGGACAAAAUGACAACAACUACCACCAAAGUACACAAAAAGGAGACAACCACCACUGCUAAGCCAGCUGAGACGGCGUCAGUGGACACCACCGGCAUUAUCAUCCUAGUUGUGAUCGGCGUCGUAAUCCUUGGAUUUGGAGUUUGCUGCUACUUACAGCGGAAUAGAAGAAGGCGGUACUCUGUGGACUUCACCUCCAGACCGGAUGAAGCCAACAUCCCUCUCAGCACCAUGGAGCCCGAGUUACAGGUCGAUGCCGCGCCUCAGAACGGACUGCAAACCUUUGAAAGGGAAGAAGCUAAGACAGAGAUGCGAGAACCAGAGGCCAAGCCUGAAGCAAAGGAGGAGCAGAAAGGUGAGGCUGAGGAAUCUCACGUUGGUCCCGGGGCUGAGUCUGCUGCCCCGGCGGCGACCCCAGAGAGCCCCGCGGACGAACCCAAAGCGGCCGCCGUUGAGCAGAGUCCCCCCGCGCCCGUGGAGCCAAGUGUGGACGAGAAAACCGACGAAGAAGGCGACGUCUCCAACAAGACCUCUGUGGAGUCGCUGAAAGAGACCAACGAGAACAACAGCAAUAAUGCCGACUUCAAUGCGACUGGAGAUGUGAUCAGCAUCAACUUCUGGGACGUUCCUCUCAAUAGUCCGCUGUGAGACAUUUCACCUAUCUGUGCUGUUCUUCAGGAACUUGAUUGAAGGAGUGACCACGACGGAGAAGGGCACGUCUGCUCGUACCGUGUGAGAUAUUUAGCGGGCUGUUUUCUCCUUGUUAGAAACAAAUUUACUGCAGCAGAGCAGCUUUUUCCCAGUUAAACGUUAGCUGAACUCUGAGUUUUAAGCAUUUUAGUGAUUUAACGGUGACUAUUUAGUUGGUCUAUAUACUAAAUGUGAUUACGUUUGGUACUGCAGAACAGUAAUACACGUUGAAUUUCAUCUCCCAAGCCAUUCAGCUUUUAUAAACUUAUAUAAACAUAUUAUACGUGGUUUCUAACACACUGAGAUGUAGUUUUAAGCAGCCAUAAUUUACUCUUUUUGUGGAAAUAUAUUAAUAGAGUAAAAUACAUUUGUAUUAAUAUACUUUACAUUAAUCAAACCUAACUGAUAUUCUUUCAUCACAUAACGAUAAACACAUUUGUAAAUAAUGAUGUAUAAAUAAGCAAGACGUUAUAAGAUUGUCAGAUUUAAAUCAGUGUUCUUUCUUAAAUUUAUGAUGUAAUGGUAUUUUGUAACUCAUGCAUUUUGAUUUUUUCAUGUGUUUCCCAUUCAGUAGUGUGAAGGUUUAUGCUAAAAAUUGCAAUGAAUGAUGAAAAGUAUUGUAAUUUGUCUUGAAUGUUUUUUGCAAUGAAUUUCCUUUACAGUUCAUAGGCGCCAUCUUGGCUAAUCUUAACCGACCACAUUACGUAAUGAAAAAAGUGACACAAACCAGCAGGUUGUUAACUGUAAAACAAAAUGAACAAACUAAAGAUGGGUCAAUGUUUCUUUUUACCAGAAAUCAUUUUGCUUAUAAAAUAAAAUAACUUGAUCAACAUUAUAUUCAUCAUGUAACCUUCAAUCCACAAUUGUUAUUCACAUUUCUGAUUAACAUCAAUAAACUGUAUACUCGCACAUCUUUGGCCUCUAAAAAUAAUCACCAUACAGUUUUUUCUGCUCACUUUCACCAGCUGUUCUUUUAGAUAUAAAAAUUGUAUCUGGUAGUAGACGUGUACAGUCAUUAUUGCUAAAUAAACCUUCAACAGAUGGAGGUUGAAUCUUAUUUUUGUUUUGUUUUAUGCAUUUUAUUUUUUGCUUUAUUUACUGUGUUUCAGAAAAAUGAUCUUACAAUACAGCACAAUUAUUUGGUGUGUGUCCAAUUAAAUAUGGAUCUAGA